AUGGCGCACAACCACAACCUCGCCCACUACGAGCUCCACAACAUCAAGCACAACAACAACGUCCCCUACUACCAGUUCCACUACAUCCAGCACAACUACAACGUCGCCUACUACCAGUUCCACUACAUCGAGCACAACUACAACAUCGCCCACUACGAGCUCCACUACAUCGAGCACAACAACAACGUCCCCUACUACCAGCUCCACUACAUCCAGCACAACUACAACAUCGCCUACUACCAGCUCCACUACAUCGAGCACAACCACAACAUCGCCUACUACCAGCUCGACUACAUCAAGCACAACAACAACGUCCCCUACUACCAGUUCCACUACAUCCAGCACAACUACAACGUCCCCUACUACGAGCUCUACUACUUCGAGCACAACCACAACAUCGCCUACUACGAGUUCCACUACAUCGAGCACAACAACGUCCCCUACUACCAGCUCCACUACAUCGAGCACAACCACAACCACAACGACACCGACUACACCGACACCACCAACAACAACGCCCGAGUCGACGACUACAACAACCACUACCACUGA